AUGACAGAGUGCGUCUGCGUCACAAGCUCGCUCUACACGCCGACCUAUGGUGCUGGUGGACUGUCUCAGCACANCGCUAAGUUGGCCAGUUCAGACUAUAACGAUCACUUCGGUUCCAGCUGCGAUGCCAUAUCUGAUGGUGCCUAUAACAUCAAGGUCACAAUUUACGGUUUCGACGCUUUCGUUUCACCCAUCUACGCCCGCACAUUCCCUAAGCUAUCCAAAAUCUCCUACCGCGUCCGAAACCUCGAACCCACUUCAAUUGAACGACCAAGCUACGACUCUUGCGUCGCUGAAUCUUCCAAGCAUGGCAUGUAUAUGGAAAAGGGGGUCAUUACUUCUUCCAUGCUGCAUCUGCCGACUGUAUCGAUAGGCGCGGUGUCGAAUAAGCGUCCGAACCAGACCUACCUUCAUGCGAGCCAUCGUCGAGAAGCAAGCCGAAGCUCAUCAUAUACGGCUGCUUGA